AUGGCAUUCGUCGCUCCAGUCAUGCGCUGGCCAGACGCAGUCGCCUCACAUCUACCACAACCGCUCAAAGAUACCGGGAUCCCUGCACAAUACUUUGUCAUUGUACCUGCAACGCUUCUCGCCGUGAUCCUAACUUACACGCUUACGAAGGCCUCUGCCAAAGUCAACGCUCCGCACCUCGCAUCUCUUGUCUCGGCGCACUCGGACUACACUGCGAAACGAUCGCAAAACCGGCCAUCAACCGUAGUGCUUGUUGGUCUGAGCGAUGCUGGUAAAACAUCGUUGUUUGCGUCGCUCGUGUACGGAAGUACGCCUGCGACUGUACCUUCGCAGACCAUGUCGCAGGGUGUAGUCUCGACAUCGGCACUCAGCGACACUUUGAAACCGGUCACCGUGGUUGAUCUUCCUGGACACGCUCGAUUGCGACCUCUGGUGGAUGAACAUCUGCAUCAAGCUGACGGCCUUGUCAUCUGCGUCGAUGCAGUGACGGCGUCCAAAGCCUCCACUCCGUCCACGCGUCCAGCAGGAGACGUUGCAACUAUAACGGAUGUUGCCGACCUCAUCCAUUCGACCUUGACUACGCUGGCAAAACAACGCGCUCGAUCUUCCACCAAUGUCGCACCACCGUGUGUGCUCGUCCUAUUUACACGAGCUGACCUGUCUCCACUGCUCGGCGGAAGCGCAGCUGGGACGGAUGCGGCCAAGGACGAGAAGAGACGUGCACAGCUGCUCGCGCGCUGCAAGACGACACUCGAGGCCGAACUCGGACAGAGGAGGGCCAACAUGGGUUUCGGACGUCGAAAGACAGCCGGCGGCGGUGGUGCGCGCAAUGUCAGCAUCGCCGGCUUGGGCAAAGUGGCAGAUGCGGACCCUGGUGUGACUGGCACUGAAGAAGGUGUGUUCGGAUGGGUCAAGCGCGCGUUGGGUCUUGCGGGUAAGCUUGGAUUCGGUGGUGCAGUGGAUGCGGCUGGCGCCGAGGACGAAGACGACGACGAAGACGAAGUGGUGGAUUACAUUGAUUGGGCAGCCAGUCAACGAGUAUUGAACUCGAACGAUGCAUCAGGCGCAGCACUGGGAGCGCCAAGUCUCAAUCUGAACAAGUUGGAUGAUCACGUGGUGUUUGGUGGCAAGGUCGAGUUUGCGCUUGCUAGCGUUGGGAAGGAGAGGUCUUGGUCGCAGCAGUCAGAACACGCCGGAGAGGGAAAAGAGCCAGGGAAAAAGGCAGAUGCGAGCGGAGGUCUCGAUGAUUUCAAAAGGUGGAUUGCUGAUCUUCAGAGCUAG